UCUCUUCAUUAUUAUUAUUAUUCAAAGAGAAUUCAUCGUUAUCAAUUACAUCCACUUGUGAAUGGUAGUUUUAUUGAAUUCGGAGAUGAUCAUAUGAGUCUGCAUCUGUUUAGUAUGUUACCCGUAAAAUUCUCAUUUAAAUAUUACGAUGGUCAUGUUGAUGAAUUUAAUAUUACUACAGUAAG